GUGAUUAUAUAACUUCCGUCACAGGGCUGUCAGUCGCUGUCACCGCGCUAGUUGUUUCCUUUACCACUGUGCGACAGGCGCGGUGCGGUGUGUUCGUGGCUUGUGAACAGCAUUAAACUGAAUUAAAACAUAAUAAUGUUCUCUUCGUUGCUCGAUGCGGCGCGGAACUCUCCGUUCCGUGGCCCACUAUCGCCCGCCCAGUGCCAGUCGACGGUCGCGCCCGUGGCUAUCGAGCAGACCGGUGGCAUGGCGGCGUCUGCUGCGGUACCCACGGAGUCCUGUGAAUUUGGAUCGCCUAAAUACUUCGCUCUUUGCGGUGUUGGCGGUGUUCUGUCAUGCGGUCUGACCCACACGGCCGUGGUGCCCCUCGACCUGGUGAAGUGUCGUCUCCAGGUGGACGCCGAGAAGUACAAGAACGUCGUGAACGGCUUCAAGGUGUCGGUCCGCGAGGAGGGCGUCCGCGGUCUGGCCAAAGGAUGGGCUCCCACUUUCAUUGGGUAUUCAAUGCAGGGUCUCUGCAAGUUCGGUUUCUAUGAAGUGUUCAAAGUCGCCUACGCCGGUAUGCUGGACGACGAGACCGCCUACACUUACCGUACCUUCGUGUACCUGGCGGCGUCUGCGUCGGCGGAAUUCAUCGCCGACAUCGCCCUGUCGCCCAUGGAGGCGGCUAAGGUCCGUAUCCAAACCAUGCCUGGUUUCGCGAGCACCCUCCGCGAGGCGUGGCCGAAGAUGGUCAAGAACGAAGGUUACGGCACGUUCUACAAGGGCCUGGUGCCGCUCUGGGGCAGACAGAUCCCGUACACGAUGAUGAAGUUUGCUUGCUUCGAACGCACCCUUGAGCUGCUGUACCAGUAUGUUGUGCCCAAGCCCCGUGAACAAUGCACCAAGGGUGAACAGCUGGUGGUGACAUUUGCAGCUGGUUACAUUGCCGGUGUGUUCUGCGCUAUCGUCUCCCAUCCAGCCGAUACGGUUGUGUCCAAACUCAACCAGGACAAGACCGCGACCGUCGGCUCGAUCAUGAGCAAGCUCGGCUGGGCCGGAGUAUGGAAGGGUCUGGGGCCCAGGAUCGUGAUGAUCGGUACCCUCACCGCGCUGCAGUGGUUCAUCUAUGACGCCGUCAAGGUCUGGCUGAGGAUGCCCAGGCCUCCGCCACCCACGAUGCCAGAGUCCAUGCGGCUUCGGCUCGAAGCCGAAGAGGCCAAGAACAAAUGAGAAGCCUAGCUUAGAAAACUUUAACUAUACGCAACGAUGGACGAAUACGGAUCUAGAGACAUUCCCGGCGAACUAUUUAUUAUUCAACUUCAAUACAACUCGUGAAUUGUUGAGUGAAUCUAUGUAACGCGAAAUGUUUGACACUUCGUCUUUU